CAAGACUACUAAACAGUGAAUACUUUAGCUGACAAGCGAGCUGUUUUUGGUCCAAAAACCACUUCUGUAUUACUUGCUGUCUUUUAGAUUUUCUCUUUGGGGUAAGGACCUCGUAAGGACCACGUACUGUGCUUUGGUUGUGCGUUGUUGCGAGGUAAUUUCUUCGUUUACAUAAGCUGACAGAGUAAACGUGAAAAUUAGACUCAGAUUACACAAAGGAAUACUUUCUUUUUGAAGACGCAAGUCAAAAACAAGGUAUAGUGUCUUAAUGUUAUGAACUAAAGAGAUAAGAAACUCGCUGUUGAGAAAAAAGGACACGUUUUGCAGUGAAGACGACGUUCCAGUGAACUUAAAGCACACCAAUAAUUACUACGUAAAACACACACAGUGUUUACUAUUGAUUAAUCCAACUGCAAAUUACUAAACCAGUAACACGAAUGCUACUUGAGUUGGCAAUUUAACCAUCUUUAGUGCUAUUUAAAGUUUGAAGUUAAUGUCUAAUGAUGGAGGAAGAUCUUGUCGUGCAAGCCUCACCGCUGUUUCUCUGCACAUCUAAAGUCGCAGUGAGAGCCGAUUGUUUGCGUCUCGAGAAGGACUGUGGUUGCUUGGAAUUGCAAAAACCUCGCUCGAAAAGCGCUGGUAAUGAAAAUAAGUACUCGGAAAGAAUACAAUUAGCGCCGUGGGAUAUUGAACAAAACAACUUGGGUUUAAUCUUAGGGCUAAACAAUAACAAUAACUCAAAAGAGUMCAUGACAAUUGUCGRAAGAAUCAAACAAUCAUCRCCMAAAUUCAUGCGUAAACUCCAGAAUUCAAAAAGYCCGAACGACGAAAAUAGUCAGGAAAUUACUACGAAAUAUAGCAUAAUUUCAAGGUUGUCCCCAAAGCUACCCAGAAAAAUCCAUCAAGAUGGUCUCGGAAGUUCCAAAAAUGGAAGCACAGAAUCUAAAAGAGAGAAUCCAAUUGAAGAUGGCUGUAAUACUGAAAGUGGGGCUGCAAAGGGAAAGAAGAAUUGGUCUAAGGUUAAAUCUGCACUGAAAAAGCUCACAGAWACACGCGAUGACAUCAAACUUGAUUUGCCAUUUAGCAAUCUCAAUGUCCGCAGUCCAUCCUCAGAUUCAUCCAUUCCAAUAAGUACAGAAAACGAGGACGCGCAAAGACUMAAGGGCGGCGAUAAAAAAAUAAAACUUGGAAGUCCUAGAUCUCCUCGUUCAAAAUCUAAUAAGUUCAGCUUUUGGCCAACCUCAAGUACCGGAGAUGGCAAUCUCCUCUCGAUCCCAAGCCCUAACGGUAGCAUGCAAGACAUUUCAUGCACCUUACCAAUAGUGGCUUCAUUAAAGAAACGAUCUAAAUCUCCGAUUGGUUUCCGAAGAAGUUCGGCUCCCGACGCCCUCCUCCGGAAAAGUAUCGACGCAUUUAAUUUGUCGAAAAAAGCGAARGAAGCGAAGUUACGCUCGCAAAUUGAAGGCAAACUCAAAGAAGCAGAAAACAAAGAUAAUGUGGUAUUGUCCUGUUUGAGUGAUGAAGAAAUCAAAGAACGCGUAAAUGAUAUUCUUCGAGAUAAUUUGAGGUAUCUGGAAGAGUACAUUCCUGAUGUCUGCGAACGCUUGGGAAGAGAGAUAAGCGAAACGAUAGUAAAAUACCUUCUUUCUAUUGAAAAACCAAUCGAUAGUCAGAACAAAUUUSCKUGCUURGUGUACAUUGGUGCAGUGAUGGACGAUGGGAUAUCUGCGGCCGCGCGUGCUUUGUGGAGCCCUGGAAACGAUCGAUUUAUUGUGUCUGAUUACCAAAAUGGAAUUCUCCAUGCCAUUGGCAUUGUUUUGGCCAUUCCCUGUUAAAAUCUUAUAAUAUUCUAAAGGUAACGAUGCGUUCUUUCAUGGCUUUAGGGGGAAACGAACACUAAUUCCUCUCUAGCUUUGAACGUAAAACUGUUUGUCAUUUUGCAGAUAGCUUAGCGGGAAUAGAAAUCUCCAUGCGACUAUUCAUAGCUGUAKUGUUUUUGAAAGGGUUCGAAUCCCUUAAACUGAGAAAAAAAUACUUGAUUUAUGCAAUUACGAAAAUGUAUCUUAGGUGAUAAUCACACAAAAAAUGCAUAAAAUAUUUAUAAAAG